CAUCCUCCAAUUCAACACAUCAAUGUGACCAUGUUAUCUCAUUCAUUUACUAUGAUUGCAACAAUAAUCAUUGUUCUUGCACAAACACUUGUGGGGGUGACUUCACUUCCUGCAUCUGAUAAAAUUAGCAGUUUGCCAGGACAGCCACAUGUUAAGUUUCAGCAAUAUUCUGGUUACAUUACAGUGGAUGACCAACAUCAGAGAGCUUUGUUUUAUUACUUUGUUGAAGCUCAAAAAGAUCCUACUUCCAAACCAUUAGUUCUCUGGUUGAAUGGAGGUCCUGGUUGUUCAUCUGUUGGAGUUGGAGCUCUAAUUGAGCAUGGCCCUUUCAAACCGAGAGACAACAAUGUUCUUGAAAAGAAUCAUUAUAGUUGGAACAAAGUGGCAAAUGUGCUGUACUUGGAAUCACCGGCUGGUGUUGGAUUUUCCUACUCUAGCAAUAAAUCUUUCUAUACCUUGGUGACAGAUGAAAUUACAGCUAGGGAUAAUCUUGUUUUCCUACAACGCUGGUUCAUUGAAUUCCCUGAGUACUCAAACAACAACUUUUUCAUUACAGGGGAGAGCUAUGCUGGUCACUAUGCUCCACAACUUGCCCAACUUAUUGUUCAAACCAAGAGCAACAUCAAUCUCAAGGGAAUAGCAAUUGGGAAUCCUCUGAUGGAAUUUGACACUGAUUUGAACUCCAAAGCAGAAUUCUUUUGGUCCCACGGACUGAUUUCAGAUCCAACUUAUGAUCUCUUCACCAGAGUCUGCAACUAUUCAACCAUUAGGAGACAAAUGAUAAGUAGGAAUCUUAGUGAAAUUUGUGAAAACAUAAAUACAUUGGUGUUCACUGAGGUUAGCAACUAUAUAGAUCAAUAUGAUGUCACUCUUGAUGUGUGUUUGUCAUCAGUAAAUGAACAGGCCUAUGUGCUGAAUCAAAUGCAAAAGAUACAGAAGAUAGAUGUUUGUGUGGAUGAUAAAGCAGUCAACUACUUAAACAGGAAAGAUGUGCAGGAGGCUCUCCAUGCUAAGCUUGUUGGAGUAUCCAAAUGGUCAACUUGCAGCAAGGUUCUCCACUAUGACCGUACAAAUCUAGAGAUACCAACAAUUUCUAUUUUAGGAUCAUUAGUUAAUUCCAAAAUCAGAGUUCUGGUAUAUAGUGGAGAUCAAGACUCAGUUAUUCCAUUAAUUGGAUCUCGAUCUUUGGUGAAUGGAUUGGCCAAGGAACUUGGACUCAAUACAACAGUAGCGUACAGAGCCUGGUUUGAAGGAAGACAGGUAGGAGGAUGGACACAAGUGUACGGAGACAUCUUAUCUUAUGCCACCAUAAGAGGAGCAUCUCAUGAAGCUCCCUUUUCUCAACCAAAAAGAUCACUAAGGCUACUUAAAGCAUUUCUCGAAGGAAAGCCACUUCCUGCUGUUAAAUAAACUAUGAACAGAUUUAAUUACAAAGGUGUUUC